AUGGAGACUCAGUAUUCCGACCUCCUCCUUCACAAUAAAGUGCGAUGGCUUUCCAAGGAUAAGAUGUUGAGACGUUUUACUUUGUGCUUCAAUGAAGUAAAUAAAUUCCUCAAUGGAAAAGGCAUUAAUCACCCUGAAUUAGAGAACAGAGAAUGGCUGCAAAAAUUUUGCUUUAUGGUGGAUACGACGACGAAAUUAAAUGAGCUGAAUCUAAAACUGCAAGGAAAGGGAAACCCAGCCCAUGUUUUGGUAGAAGAACUGGUUUGUUUCGAAGAAAAAUUAAUUAUUUUGGCAGAAGAUAUUCAGAGCGGUAAAUUACUUCAUUUUCAGUUUCUAAAGCAACAUCGCGAUAAAACCAGUACAACUGUUCACUCGAGUUACUUCAGCACAGUUAUUAAUAAACUGAAAGAUGAAUUUGCUGAGAGAUUUCAGCAAUUCAAGGCCAACAAUUCCACUCUAGCAUUCAUAGUAAAUCCUGUCAACACAAAUAGUAACGAAAUCCAAAUCGAACCAUUUGGAGUUGAUAGUGGAUCUCUAGCAAUGCAAUUGAUCGAUUUAAAAAGUAAAGCUUUGUGGAGUGGAAAAUUCACAGAGUUGAAAAGCAAAUUCGAAGAGUUGGAAGUCUAG